UGCAGGAGCAGAUGAACCGGAAUUACGUGCUGCAACAGCAGCAUCAACAGCAAGGAGGAGGAGCAGGGGGGGGGGGUUGGUGGAGGUUACUCAGGACAGGGACAAGGACAAGUAGGCCCUUCCGAUGAUCACUCCAUGACUCCCCACAAUGCCCGUCAGGAGCCUCAGGGACAGGAGCUGCAGACAGACAAUGGCCUGGAGAAGCUGGGCUCUCCCAGAAUAGGAGGAGGGGGUGGGAGUAGUGGAGGGGGAGGAGGUUUAGGGACUGGAGGAGGAGCAGGAAAUAGUAGUGGAGGUGGGAGCAGCCAAGGGCAGUGCCUGAACCCAGAGGACCUCCCUACAUACGAAGAGGCCAAAGUUCAGUCACAAUAUUUCCGUGGCCAUGGCCCUCCUCCGCAACCUCUGCAGCAGAACAACCAGCCCCAGCAGCCUUCUCUCCCUGCCUCGGUGGGCGCUGCCUUCUAUGUCACUGGGGUGACCAGUGCCAAGAUGCGCACUGAGGGUCGCCCCACGGUGCAGCGGGUGAGCGGCACGGGAAAAGUGCACCAGGAUGAUGGCCUGAAGGAUCUGAAGCAAGGACAUGUUCGGUCUCUCAGCGAACGACUUAUGCAGCUCUCCCUGGCCACCAGUGGCGUGAAGGCCCAUGCUCCUGUCACUAGUGCCCCGCUGUCUCCGUUGCUGCCCCCGCCAGGGCCACCAGGUGACUAUUACAAGCCACAGCAUCGCGGACCACCACCAGACUACCCUUUUAAAGGAAUGGGCUCGCCUGCAAAGCAACAGGAGCCUGGAGGCCAUUUUUACCAGGAGCAGAGAGGAAGGGAGCACUCGAGGGAGGUGCCCCACGUCCGAUACCAGCCCCCACCUGAGUAUGGUUCCUUCAGGGCCAUUAAGGAGGGCUCAGUUCACUCCCAGAGGCCCCUUCACCAGCACAGUCCCACCUCCUCGGUCACCUCCGUGGGCUCCUUGUCCCGCACCCAGUCCUCAAUUCUCAGCAGCAUGCUCAGCGCCUCCCACUCCUCCCAUCCCUCCUUCCCUCACCUGCACCCGCAGAGCCAGGGAGAGCCCUUUCCCAGUAUUGGGCCCCGCAGUCCGCAAGGUCCUAGCUCACACCAAGCAAGUGAGCCCUUCACCCCAGGGACCAUUCCCCCACCAAGAGGUCACGGUUUCACUCAUGACUCCUAUGGCUCCACCCCAAGGAUGCACCAUCAGCAGCAGCAGCACCAGCAAUAUCAACAACAACAACAACACCAGCAGCAGCAAUUCCUAGGACCUCCACCUCCCCAACCCCAGCCACCAGCCCAGGCUGGACAUUUCCCCCAUCCACAUUCCUACUCCCAUUUGCAGGGUGAGCCCUUUGCUAUUAUGGCAUGUGCCCACCAGAGGGUGGAUGUGCUGACGGAGGAGAACAGGAUGCUGAGGCAGGAGAUGGAGGCCUGUCGUGAGAAAGUCAGCAAGUUGCACAAGUUGGAAACAGAGAUCCAGCUGGUGUCAGAAGCCUAUGAAAACCUUGCCAAGUCCUCCUCCAAGAGGGAGGCACUGGAGAAAACCAUGAGGAACAAGCUGGAGUUGGAGGUGCGCCGGCUGCAUGACUUUAACAGGGACCUCCGAGAGCGCAUGGAGACGGCCAAUAAGCAGCUCGCUGCUAAAGAGUGUGAUGGCUCAGACGACAACCGCAAAACCAUCUCCCAGCUUCUUGCACAGAACAAAGAGACACUGCGUGAGAAGGAGAAGCUGGAGAUGGAGUUGAGUGCGCUGCGUUCUACCACAGAGGACCAGAGGAGACACAUCGAGAUCAGAGACCAGGCACUCAACAAUGCCCAGGCCAAAGUAGUCAAGCUGGAAGAGGAGCUGAAAAAGAAACAGGUUUAUGUGGAGAAGGUGGAGAGGAUGCAGCAGGCUCUAGCUCAACUCCAGGCAGCCUGUGAAAAGAGAGAACAACUUGAGCAUCGACUCCGAACAAGACUGGAGAGAGAGCUGGAGUCGCUACGCAUGCAGCAGCGUCAGGGAGGCUCUCAAAGCAACAGUGCAGUCCCGUCAGAGUACAGUGCCACAGCACUCAUGGAGCAUCUUAGGGAGAAGGAGGAGCGGAUCCUGGCUCUGGAGGCUGACAUGACCAAGUGGGAACAGAAGUACUUAGAGGAGAGCGUAAUGAGGCAGUUUGCCCUGGAUGCUGCCGCCUCUGUUGCCACUAAAAGGGAUACGUCUGCAGCAGUGAUCAGCCACUCUCCCAGUAGCAGUUAUGACACGUCGGUGGAGGCUCGAAUCCAAAAGGAAGAAGAGGAGAUUCUUAUGGCCAAUCGGCGUUGUCUGGACAUGGAAAGCAGGAUAAAGAAUCUCCAUGCCCAGAUCAUAGAGAAGGAUGCUAUGAUCAAGGUGCUUCACCAGCGCUCCAGGAAGGAGCCUAUCAAGUUGGACACACCAUCUGCCAUGAGACCCUCAAAGUCCCUGAUGUCCAUCUCCAACACUGGCUCCAGUGGUUCCGGACUGCUUUCUCACAGUCUGGGACUCAGUAAUUCACCCAUUACUGAAGAACGCAAGGACACCAGCUGGAAGGGCAGCCUGGGGAUUUUACUGGGUCCCGAGAUUCGUACAGAGUCCCUCAGGACAGAGUCAAUCUCAUCGUCUCCCUCCCCGGUGCUUCCCUCCACCCCGAUGACCACAAGCCACUCAAAGACAGGCAGUAGGGACAGCUGUACCCAGACUGAGAAGGGCCCAAGUCAGGACACCAGCAAGCCCAGCACUCCAGCACUGCAGAGCAUGACGCUGCCUGCCCGCCUGUCCAGCCCCAGCCCGGUCUACAUCCCUGACCGCUUAGCAGAUGUGCCAGUGUUUCACAGCAGCACCUUGGAGCGGAGGCUCCCCAUCCAGUCCAAUCCACAGCAAACGGCCCCUCCUCUAGCACCACUCACCCAACAGGAAGUGGACAACGACAUGGUGGAGAUCCUCAUCUGACCCAUUACCACCACCACAACCACCUGCCCCAUCCACACAAAUGAUUGGAUGGCAGCUCAAUCGAGACAAGCACAGUGACAGACAAGUAAAUCAUCCCAGGUUGUCCUCAAAACCUGCAGCUCGGUCUUUGAUUGGCGUACACAAAGAAACAUUUUUAUACUGUAAUGUUUACAUAUGCAUUCAUUUAAACUCUUCAGCUUGACUGGAGUUUUUAGACAUUCAGUUUAUUCCUUCCCUAAAUCACUGUUAGCUGUCAUCUUAGGAAAACCCUGAAUCAGAAUUAGUCUGGUGCCCCUUUCUGUCUCAUCUCAGCUCUUGCAGUUUUCCUAAAUGUGUGUGUUAAUAUGAAGUAGUGACUGGAACUUAAACAUUUAAAGGUUCAUAGCCUCAUAUUUAUUUUACUGAUGCAACUUUGUAAGAUGCCUUUGGCACUUUCUCGUUCAGUGAUUGUGAUGGAUUUAACUUGGCGAUGGAUGUUUGAAGUUAAAUGGAAGUUAACAAGCUGGAGAGGUUAGACAAAACCUAUUAUGAAGAUGUACGUAUGUUUAAGAUAGAUGACACAGUUACACAUUAAUGAGAAGGAAAAAUAUAAGAAGGAGUGGGUAAAGCUGGAAGCCAAAACCUUCCGUUAAAAUUCAACAUAAAGUAUGCAUAUCCGUGUACACAAAUGUAUUUUUAAUUUUUCCAGUUAAGGCAAAGGAUUUCUCUUCUUGUCACUGUUGUAACUCGCUGGGGUCGGUGACUAAAGCUUUUUUUAAAUGCACUACUUUUUGCCCUGGGGGGUUUAGUGUCAUUGUUACUGUGUAUACAAACGAACAGUGACCAUAGUACACAUAUACAUAUUAACUGCAGCACCAAUGACAUUGCAGCACAUUUGGUAAUGUUUAUGAAACUUUGCAUGUCACAUUUGUUACCUUCCCAACAUGAAAGCUAAUAGUUAAUGAAAACUGCCCUUGCUACAAGGAUUUAGCUGUAAGAGGAAGCUUGUUACUUGGUUAGGUGAUAGAUAUUUGUUAACGCUUCUGUACAGUGUUUCUCGAGACUGGUAAGCUCCUUUGGACCAAAUGUAUUGGCUACCUUUUUGUUGCAUUUAUUGCACUACUUAUUUUGUUUUCAUUAUUACUACUUAUUACUUUCUGACAUUAUUGUAUUUAUGUGUCAUGUAUUUUUUUUUAUUGUCGACAUGGCACUUGGAUAAUCAGAAAUGUUAGGGUAUUUACGUUGUAUAUGUACUGUAAUGGCCUGUGUAUCUGUGUGCCAUGGAAAGAUCUGCAAAGUAGCUGGCAUCUCAGUAGCCCUGUUUGGUACUGGUACAACUGUCACAGUAGUAGAGAUAACUUGGCAUUGGUGACCUUUGUGGCUCACUGACCUCAGGCAGACAAUUCUCCCUGAGUAAAACUGCUCAACCUGAUGAGUUUACUCUUUUUUGUUGUCCAACGGACGUUGCCCUAACCAGUUUUGCAAUCAACCCUUCUUCUAUGCCUCCUCCUUGUGUACAACAAAGGAAAAUGGCAGCAGAUUUAACAGUGGAUCCAUCUGUUCUCAGUGGCAACAAAUGUUUAUUUUCCUGUGAGAUAUGAAAAUAUACUUGUACGAACUACACAGAGAUUGUGUGCCAUUUUGAAAAACACUUUCAGACAAAUGUAUUUCAUUUGGAUAGCAAAAGAAUUUCAACAAUUUCAAAACAGAUUUUCUUUUUGUAACCUUGUCCACCUGAAGUCACAGUGCUGUUUGGGUCAGUAAGCAUGCACAGUUUUAAGGAACUUCUAUGGAUAAGUACACUUGACAUACUGACCAUGCCUGUGCCAUGAAGGGCAUUCUUUUGUGUUUUGGGAACAUGGUGCCCACUGUACAACUUUACUGUUAGGCCUUGGCAACAAGAGGGCAGAGAGUUUUGGUAGCUGCCUGCAUGACACCACUGGUUGGGGUCACUCUCAAAUAACAGACACUCUUCCAGUUAUUCAUUCAGCAUUUUAUCAUGCUUGAAGAACAAGAUGGAGGGGAUUUAUCAUUUUCACACACACUUUGUUAGUAUGUUUGUUUACCUACCAUCCAUGUGACUUGUUAGUAAAACAAACCAUGAAGAGUAUUUGCAGGCACAACGUGACUGACUUGAUGUUCUAUAUUCAAUAACACCAACUUCAAAUGAUUGUCAGUGUGGACGUGGACAUGAACUUUAGGCAACGAUCAUCUAAGACGGCUCAUCCUUUAUCCUAUUAUUUUGUCUAUAAGGCUGGGACAAUUUGGCAUUACUUUAAACUAUGCAUUGUGGAGAGUUGGGUAUUGACCGUGAAUGUCAAUUUGAUUACAGAGAUAGCCUCUAAGCUUGACAUGUCUGGCUUUGACCAAAUGUAACAGAAUGAAUUGGUGCUGACACUUGUCAACAAAAUCCCUGUGAAAAGUUCCAUCUUAAAAAUACAUCACAUGUUCUGUCAUGAAAUCAGGUGGAAUAGUCUUCAAGUGGGGUGAGGUUGUUCCCCUUGUUUUUAAGAACUGUGUUAAAUAUGUGAUAAUAUUUUGAGAUUCUUAAGAGAAAAAGAGAGACUAGAGUCUCCAAUUAUUUCAAGAUCUUGGCAUGACAUGCUUUUCCAGAGAUGUAAUUGUAUAGUUCAGUGGACUGUCCAAAAUCUGCACAUGAGUGAUUUUAUGGUAGCGACAGGUGUUGCUGGUUCAACCUGUUUCAUGCUGUUGCAUCAACACAAAAAAAUUCCACCAGUCAGUCAAGCCACAAAGUCAAAGAUAGUUGAGCUUUGCAAAAAGAAAUGAUAAUAAUGGUGAUAAAAAUCAAUUGAUUGUUUUUUUGUUUGUCUGUUUUACUUAUGUGGUUAUAUAUUAUAUUUCCAGCAUGGUUAUUGUAAGAUGUCCACUGAAAACCAAAAAUGUUGGACCAAAGAAGCAAAGAACAGUUAGCUAACCCAUGUUGUAAUUGGAGAGGAUCAGUAGGAUUAUGUCACUAAAGGACUGUAUUUCAUCCAAAAAACUUUAUUAGGAAUGCACUAAUAUGUUGUAACUACCAUUUUAGCAAGGAGUAAGGACAUAGACCACUACUUAACCUCAUCUGCCAAAAUGAAUGAGAGUCCUUGUGUGUGUGUGAAAUCCUUUGAAAGUAGCUUUGCUUCCUGACACAGAACAUGCAGAAACAACUACAGACAGACAGACAGACAGACAGACAUAAAAAGAAAGAAUGAAUGAAAGAAAGAAAGAAAAUUCCUGGUGAAUGUAAAAGUUUGCUGUUGUUUCUGACGUGUUAUUCAUAGUUGCGUGAAAGUGGUAUGGAACUGAAUGCAAAAAGCACAAUGUCAGUGUUAAUAAAUAUGUUCACAAAUUCUUGCCAUCACCAGCACAUUAUUAAGUGUCCUUUAUGCUGGUACUGUAAAAUAUGUAGGCCAUUGUUUCUGUGUUGGUGGGCACAACUCAUGUCUUGAAGACAAUGUACAGUGUGGGAACUCUACGGCCUUAGCCGGGAUCGCUGCCGGUUUCUAAUGGUAGACUGCAACCAUCACAAAGUCAGAAUUUCAAAAGCUGCAUGUUCAGAUUGCCCACAGUAAAUAAUGGUUCGCUUUCAAAUGGUUUUUGAAACCCAUUCCCUUUAAGUAAAAACAAUAGCUAAGAUGCAGGUGCCAAAACCAAAAAAAACACAUUUCUAUUUCAGGCAUUUUCAGCCUUGAAAGACACAGAGUUCUCUAAUGUGACAGAUAUUUUAAGGAGGAGCCUUUAAUAGUCAGACCCUUCUCUUGGUUGUGGAAAAUGCCAAAUACUGAAAAGAUGUCCAGUGUCAUUUUAUCUGAACACAGUGCUGUGUAACCUUAGGAAUUUAAAAAUCUUGUCUUGCACCUGUAGUGCAGGCCAUGUGAAACAUUACAGAAUGAGUUGCAAAAUAUCUAUGGCUCUGACCAGACUUACAGUUGAUGUCUAUUUUGAAGGGGGACUGAGAAAACCAACAUUCACAUUUGAGAAGUUGGAACCAAUGUAUAUUUGGCCUUCAUGCUUUGGAAAAGAAACAAUUAACCCAUUAUCAAAAUGGUUGUCCAUUAAUUUUUUGUUAAUAGGUUUCAGCUCUACCAUAGUGCACCCCAACAAGGCAGUUAUGAAAAUUCUUGUAGGUGAGGGAAUGUUUUCAUACUGGCAUUUAAAUGAACUGCUCUAUGACAUACACACACACUGUGUGACUGUUUGUACAGUGCUGAUGGCCAUCUGAAAGCUUUUUGUAACUGACAGAUACAGUAUGUGCCUUCAUUAUCCCACCUGACAGAUCACCACGGGUCUUGGUUCUGCAUUUUGUGUAAGGUCAGUCAUGUCACAAAUGCCUCUACACCUGCCAUGAUGUAGAUGACAAUUUAAGGUUGAGACUUAUUUGUCUUCACCACUUCAACACAUGCUGUAAAAAAAAAUAAUUCUGUGCUGACACUUAAGUCAUUAAAUGCAAUGUUGUUUGUCAGCAUGUGGAGCUAGUCAUCAGCUGUCAUUCACUGCACUUUCUGAAUGUACAAACAGGCAAAGACAAGUUUAAUUCAAACUGUUGAGAAGUUUCUUUAAGAGCACUGAUUACUCCAACUUCACCUCAUGCUGAAAAUAUAGUUAUAGCAUUUUGCAAUGUUUACCAACUGUAAAAAUGCCUUGUUUCGUAUUUGUAUUGCAUUGUACUUCUUUUUUUUUAUUGUUGUACACUCAUAAUUCAUGUAAAGGCAAUUUUCUAAUUAAUGAUUGGUUCUUUUACACCACUCAUCUCACCGAGUUUCUUGUAUUAUGGUAUUCGAAGGCCAGUGUGUAGGAUUUAGUGGCAUCGAACGGUGAGAUUGUAGAUUGCAAUUCCAAGUGCAAUCUACAAUUGCAGGACUCUGUGGAAGAGGACCUGCUCUGUUGAUAUAAAGGGCUCAUUCUAAGGUAAUGAAAACACAAUAAUUCUUAUUUUCAGAUGAUUCUACACCAAUAAUAUUAUAUUCCAUUUCUGCCAAUAGAUCCCUCUAAAUCCUACACACUUUCUGUCAUUUAGCUUUCUUUCUGCAUACCUGUUUCUGACUCCCCAAUAAACAGUCUCCACAUUGUUAUUAAAUGAGAUAAUCAAGUAUUAAUUAAAUUAAUCCAGUAAAUAAAUUAAUGCUGACACAAGGUUGUUUCUGGUGUUUCGUCUACAUGGGCAAGGACUCACUGCUCAGUGCUCAUUAGUCAUCGGGUGUUUCCUCUACAUGGGCAAGGACUU